GGGGUGCGCUGGCUAUGGGUAGUCUGUACGCGCGUUAUGCAGAGCGCAAUUUUUUAGUGAACAGCAGCGAGCGUCAAACUGGACUUUAGCGGAUCGGUACUGAUCGGCUACCGUCUGCGGUGGGCUUUUUAUUUCGCAAGAUGCUCAAACAAAGGAUUUAAGUGGUGGGGGGAACGAGGGGGGGAAAUCACGCUUUUCUCUGUCGGACUUGUCGAAAACACAUCCCCGAGGGGUCAUCUGAUCCGCUCUUCGUAUGCCAUUUGGGUUCUGCGACCAGCGUCGGUUCCGAAAGCAAGUCAUUCGAAAGCAAUUGGGCCGGCGACGCGAGUGUGGAUGCGGAGAGUUGAGGACGACGACGCGGCUCUUUUCGAAAUGUGAUAUUUGAAGCACGCAGUCUGAUCGACACUGCCCACCGCACCUCCAUACCAGCAAGCGGAUCUAUUUGCAUCGAUUCAAAAAAGCAAGAACCGGUCACAAUCGGGCCAUUAUGACUGAUGAGAGACUCAACGCCUGCAUGAAGGUCAACCUCACCGCAUAUCAACUGGUCUACAAAGCCAUCAGCAAAAUGAUGCAGCCCCAGAAGUCUCAUUAAUGGCCAAACGUGCUGCUUGGGCUGUGGAAGACGUGUCGCUUCCAUUCAUGAUGGGUUCCUCUCAACUGUCACACAGGCGUCAAAAGAAACGUCUGGUCUUGACUGCUUUCCCGGAGGAGAUGGCAUUCGCCAGGGUCCUGUUCCUGCUGCUGCUGACCGCUGCGGCAGAGGGUCAAGAAGGCGAGGACUCGCCGGCGGCAGCACUCCCCGCGGGUUGCAGCUGGGGCCUAGGGCGGCCCUACACCCUGCUGUGCGACCUGGACACUGGCUGGGGCGUGGUGGUGGCGAGUGUGGCGGCGUGCGGAACUCUGGUGACCGUCCUGUUGACCUCGGUCCUGCUGUGCCGCCUGCGGCGCAUCGGCGAGGCAGAGAAGCGCAGUGGCGUUGGGCCCAUCCUGCUACUGCUCCUGGGCGUGGCGGGCUUGUUCGGCCUGAGCUUCGCCUAUCUGAUCGAGCGUGAUGAGUUGCUAUGCGUGCUGCGACGGGCCCUGUGGGGGCUCCUGUUCGCCCUUUGCUUCUCCUGCCUGCUGGUGCAGGGGGUGCGCCUGCGCCGCGUGGGGCGCGAGCACCGCGGCCCGGGCAGCUGCGCCCUGACGGGCCUGGCCUUGGGCCUGAGUGCCGUGCAGGGCAUCAUUGCUGCCGAGUGGCUUCUCCUGACCGUGCUGAGGGAGGGCCGGGCCGCCUGUGAGUACCUGCCCAUGGACUUCUCGUUGGCCUGCAGCUACGUGCUAGCGCUGCUGCUGGCCGCCGCUGCUGCCGCUGCGCUGGCCCUGUGCGGCAAGAUGCGGCGCUGGCGCUGCAACGCUGUCUGGCUGCUGGUCACCUGCCUCCUGUCCCUGCUGCUGUGGGCGGCCUGGGUGGGCUUCUACCUCUACGGCAACGCCUGGCUGAGCAAGUCGCCGGAAUGGGACGAGCCAGCGCUGGCCGUGGCCCUGGUGGCCCAGGGUUGGCUGCUGCUGGUCUUCCACGCCAUUCCCGAGGCGCACGUGUGCCUGAAGCCGCCGCCGCAGCCCACCGUGCCAGACUACUUUGACACGUCGCAGAACUCCACCCGGAUGAGGGAGACCAGCUUCGACGAUGACGUCCCGCUUUCGCACAGGCAAUUUGUGGAGAACCAAGGCUUCGGAUACAACGACGACAACGCUGCAGGCCUGAGAAGUGGUGGUGGGCAGCACAACAGCAACACGGGCGCCAGCAGGCCCAGCGCGCCCUUCCGCAGCAACGUCUACCAGCCCACCGAGAUGACCAUGAUCCUCAACGGGGGGGCGGUACCCUCAGCCCCUCCCACUUACACGGGGAGGCAGCUGUGGUGAGCAGAUCGUACGGACGAGGGGCCAGCGCAGUUUCCCUGGGGAGGCGAGCGUACUUAAAAAAAAAGAUACACAGAUGCCGCUUUUACUUUGUACAGAUGGCGUGCCAAUCAAAUAAGGAGGCCAUGGAGGACAGAGCUAUAUGUCUCAUAAAGCGAGGCUUUUUCUUUGGCGUGACUGCAGCACUGUAAGCAUCCUUCAAACUGUGAACAUCCUUCAUUUGGCUCUGUCUUCCAACACCGCGUCAAUGACAACAGCCCCCCCCCCCCCCCGUUUUAUUUUAUUUUUUGCAUGAACAUGAAAUAUGACAAUGAAAAAGCACAACCUGCAUACAACCACUGGAAGGAAGCAUCCUAACUGGCGCAUCACUGAAUGGAGGCCAUACACCAGGCCUCUUUGAAACAGGGGAGGAAAAGAGCGUUUCUGCAAGAAAACAAGACAAGGUUUCGAGCCAUUUGCAGUGCAGGUUGGAAAACGGAAGGAGGGAGAGUACAACAGUGAAAUCAUCCUUCCUCUGAGUGGGAGCUGCUUCCUCUUGCUCUCUUCCUCCUGGUCCUAGCGUCUGGAUGUUGCACCACGCUGCUUCUUCAUUCUGUCCUCCUUUAAACUGUGGCACUGAUGCAGUACAUAUACAGACGACACAAAAAGGCCAGGCUGCUUGUUGACUUUUCUCUGUCACGAAUGAAGGGACCGGUGUUUCCCAACCUUUAGCGCGCCAAGUCAGGCAAAUAGGCAUCAGAAAAAGCUCUCAAGACACCACCAAAUGGAAAAAAGAGACGAGAGUGCAAAAGACAAACCGUAGUUUGGGGUCAUCCGACGUGCGGCUUGCCUAUUGCGACAUCCUACUAACGUACUCGAACCAACUGUAAAGCGUGCAUGGAAAUUGAAGAUGGAGCGAGCGAUGCCAUCCAGACCGUGGAUUGAAGAAGAGGAGUCAGUACGUUAGCCGGCCGGCUUGCGGCCAGUCAUCUCUACAGUUUCAUUAGCUAACGUCCUCGUGGCAUGAAAGGGAGUACACAUUCAAGGUCACGGACGCAACGACGUACAACGGACAACCGUAUCUAUGGCUCAAUCGCAGACAGGGCUUUUGUUUUCAAACACAUUUACUACGUACAGUCUCAGGGCUCGAAACUAACGAUUGCCCGAUUGCCCGGGGCAAGUAGCGAUGGCAGACGGGCAAGUAGAAUUUUUCCUCACUUGCCCUGCCAUAAUACCAUGUUUUCAAGCUGUAAAAAGACGAUUUUGUGCAUAAUUUCUCGCAACUUCUGCCGCUUCUGGUCCGACAUUUUGUUUUCUAGGGAGCGGUUAGUUUCUCGUGUAAGUCUGCAAUACAUUGAUAACGGCAAAGCGCUUCGUAAUUAAAUGCAUGCUCCGUCA